AACUGCCUUCUGACGUAACCACAAUUACGUUUUAAAAGACUAGUACGUGCUAUUUAUUUUGUUUCAAACAGCUUUCAUCUCUGCACUCUCUUCUUCACUCUCUCUGCUGUCAAAACCUCUAGCAAAAUGAGUGACCACCACCAUUCACCACCGCCGCAAGGGAUUCCACCUCCAUAUCCUCCGCCAGAUUUUCAACCCCCGCCAGUGCCUGCACCACCUCCACCUGGUUAUCAAAGCUAUUUCUAUGAAGGGCCCCCGCCUCCUCCUCCACCCUCUCACGCGUACCAUGUUCGUCAUGAUCAUGGGGGAAGUAGUGGUUGCUGUUCAUUCCUAAGAGGAUGUUUGGCUGCUCUUUGUUGUUGCUGUGUUUGGGAAGAGUGCUGCUGCUGCUGCUGCCUUUAGGCCUUUUUAUGUGUCUGGUAUUUUACUUUCACGGAAUUUGGCUGUUCUGCUUUAGAAUGUAGUUUAUUAUCUGAGGACUUUCCUUAACAUUAUCCAUUUAAUGGAGCAUGAAUCUUUAAUUUGUUUAAUGAAAUGAGUUAAGACGCUUUUUUUA